AUUCAAGGAUACGCUGCCACCACUGACAAUAAUAAUUUAGGAGGAUCUCUCUUUGCUACUCUGCCAUCUACGAUCGUGACUGUUUGCCGUCACUUGCGGGCCAACCGCUUCGUGAAACACUUGUUUAGCGGACUACGCACUUUUCAGGAACGCUUUCGCAGUCUGGCGAUGCAGGCCUGAGCCGUCGCUCGAAGCAUAAGAGACUUCUUACGCCUGAUCCUGAAGCGCUGAAGUCAUCAAAUGCAUUUCGCAGCAAUCUCUAUCUUGCUGGCUUCCAUCUACGCCCUGCCAACACCUCGCUCUAAAUCUGACCCAAGAUUGGCUUCUGGAGAAGACGUUUCCGGCACAACUUCUCGUACCUUUGGUUGGUCCAUGGAAUCCCCUUUGGGCUCUUUUGGCUCCUCUGUCACUCCAUUUGGCUCCACGGCAUCUAGUAAUGGUCUUUUCGGCUCAUCCCAGGGCAGCAUCGGUAUGCUGGGCAUGAAUGGCGGCAUGGCUGGACCCAUGGGUGGCAUCAGCAGUUCUUCUAGUCUCUCGGGAUCUUCCACGACAAUGAGCUCACCUUUGGGUCAGAUGUCAACUUCAGCUGGAACUGGAGCAGGUCUACGCCUUGAUUGAUCGCACAGACAUGGAAGGGCAUCUGCGGCUCAACGGACACAUGUCUGGUUCAAACAUUUGGUGAAUUCUUUGGCUUCCCACCCAUUGUCUUCUGCGUGGGCGUAGUUUAGACUUGAUAGUGUAUUGAACAUGCUUCAACCUCUGAGACCGUGUUGAUG